GUGUUUUGGUACCCAUGCAGUCAGGAUAGUUCUCCUCAGCAUCAGUGAAUACAAGGAAUGGCAGGGGUAUGGUGGGUAGAUGCAAGCAGCUCCCAACACAUGUUUUACAUUGCCUGACCAGACGCCUAGGGGGGGAUUAACAGGGCUGAAACUGAGCUGUCACACAAACGAGGACAGGAGGCUUGGUGUAGGGGGGAUUACUAGUCAGGCGGGGGUCUGUCCUCUCUGGAUAAUGCAUCAAAGCACCAAGCUCCGUUCUCACAGCCUGAGCUGUCCGACGCGUACCACAGAUGAAAUGGACGCUGCUUUGGGGGGUCACGGAACAGAAAAACUGCCCCGGCCUUGUGGGUCAAACCUAGGCAGGAGCCGAGGAAUCCGCACUCACCUGAGCUGUUUAUCACAGAAGUCCGAUUCGCUCAGUGACUUCUCCACUCUUCAGUGUGACACCAAGCACAAUCAGGCCCUUAAAACCAGCAAACCAAGGAUUAUGUAUAUCUUUCGCUCCCACAGACGACUGACUGUAGAGGAAGCCAGGCGAUGGGCUCGGUCGUUUGAUCUACUCCUGUCUCAUAAAUAUGGCCGCUCUGCAUUCCGUGCCUUCCUCCAGACAGAAUUCAGUGAAGAGAAUUUGGAGUUCUGGAUGGCCUGUGAAGAAUACAGGAAAACCCGCUCCAUUAACAAACUGCCAGCAAAGGCUCGUCAUAUCUUCCAAGAAUUCAUUGACGUUCAGGCUCCCAGAGAAGUGAAUAUUGAUUUCCCAACUCGAGAAAUGACUAAACGAAAUCUGCAGCACCCAUCAUUGUCCUGUUUUGAUCUGGCCCAGUUGAGAGUACGCAGUCUAAUGGAAAGGGAUUCCUACCCAAGGUUUCUCCGUUCUCAAAUCUACAAUGACCUACUCAGCCACACGCAGAAGAGUCCAUGCUAGUUCUACAUAUGGUUUUCAGAGACUUGUUGGUCACUUGGCCCAUCCAAAGAACAGUCUUGCACUAUGGCAAGAAGAACAGAGGUGACCCAGAAAUGACUGCUUCUGACAAUUAAGCGUCUUCACUGCCAACAAUAAUAUAUCAUCAUCAUCUGGCUAUUCUGAAUCAACCUGUGACUCCAUUGAAUAUUUUCAUCCUUGCAGAUCAGUGGACAGAGAAAAUUCUGGGUUUCUAAAGAAAUGGAAGAAUUGUAGAAGAGUCCUGAUGUCUCCAACAUUGCAAAGCAUGUGUGUCUUUACUUGUUGAUUACCAUAGCUAAUGCUUGAAUUCCAUCUUUAACUAUCACAUUAAUUCAAUCAACAUGUUCAGACGCACAUACUUAAUUACUGCAUAUGUCAUAUCUGAUUGUUAUGUCUCAUAGGCAUAUAUUUCAACGAACAAGACAAAAAUGUUCUAAUUUAAGUUGACUUGAAAUGUUCGUUGUGUGUAGAAACAAUGGAAGGUCUGAAGGGUAGAAAGUGGUUGUACGGCAUGUGAGAAAUUUAAUUAAAUGAACGUUAAGUUUCUUUAGUUAAUUGGAAAGGCUUCAGGAUCAUCUGAAAUGUGACUAUGUAAGGCUGUUUCUCCCAGGUCUGAGGGCACAUUAGGACAAGAGCAAACUGACAAGAAGGAGUACACUUAAAACAAAGAAUAUAUUUUAAAAAAAAUAAGUUAUUAUUUAUAAAAUUUAUAUGUACAAGUUUCAGAAGCUUUCUAGCAAUUAAAACAUUUCAACUCAAGCUGUCUCUAUAAGAUAUGAUAUCCCAUGGUAACUAUAAUUCUUGAAAAACUAUCCAAUUAGUUAGCUUUCAGACUUCAUAAUACCAAAAUGGCUGCUUGCAUAAGCAGGUUUAUUAAGCUACUCAGACAAUCUGGCUGAAAUAAGCAUUUAAAAUUUGAUGAAAACAUGGAAUCCGUAAGUACACAUGUAUCUAGCAGAUACUAUUCAAACUGAUCUUUUAGAUAAAGUGUAUGUAAACCCUGAACUUUACUUAUUUUCUCCCUUUUGGCCUGUUAAAUAUACCAUUAGAAGCGUUUUGUUAUAUCCGUUCAAUAAGUGCAAGAAAUCGACUCAACUGCCUGUGCAGCCUACGUCUGCUUUAUUGUUAUUACUCAACAAUGUUCACAGUUUGCUCUGUAGACUAGAGAACACCUCUCUCUGGUGUUAUUGAGAUUAGUAAAGCAAAAGUGUUCUGUAGUCUGAACUCAAUCCCAGUUCACAAUGCUGCUUCUCCAUAGAUACAGGAGAGUGAAUGUCACCCUUGGGCAGAAAGAGUUUUACUGGCAGGAUCACAGAUGACCAAUAAGGGAAAACAAACAAAUGCAGCCAGCACAUUUGAGAACUCAAAACACUACACUUUUCUUGGGUUUAGAUACACUUUUAGGGCACUUUAAUAGAUUAUGUGCAAUAUAUUAAACUGAGGUCAAACUAGCAUGGGGAAAUCACAGAAGGACCAAUGAUAUAAGCAGCACUGAGAGAUGGAAAUUUAUUUUGUGAAGAGGGAGAAAAAUAAAUCUUAAAAUCACCAGUACUUAAAGAAAGCCAAUCACAAACCUUGGCAAUUCAGACUUGAGCAUAUGAUAUAAAAAAUGCAUAUAUUGCUGAUAUUUUCAUUUGCAUUGCUGAGGUUUGUGACAGCUUUAUUUCAUUAAAAUAUGAAAUAAAAAGAUGUCCCAAACUGCCAGGCUGCUGAUGAAUUCUUUUUUUUUUUCAAUUUCAAAGAGCUUUAUUGUUUGCUGAGCAUUACAAAAGCCACCAAUCGAAAACGUAUUCCCUGAUGUGUUUCUCCCCACCAGGGACUUAUUCAUAGAACAUCAUGAUUGCUAUAGAGGAGCGCAGGUAUGGUUUGGUGGCUCAGGUAAUGCUCAGCAAACAACAAGGCUCUUUUGAAUUUUUUUUUUAGAGAAUGUGUAGUUCAUACUUUUUUGCUACAUGCAUUGCAGGGAGCUCAUAGACCAUGUUGAGAAGAACCAAACAGAAACAAUUGUAAACUGGUCAAAGAUGAGGUCUUCAUGGGUGAUAAAAAUUGCAGCAAUUAUUGUUUGGAUGAUGUGCUCAAGCAAGGACAAAAAAU